AUGGCACAAGCACAGCAGGUCGCUUUAGAGCGGCUUGAAUACAUCACUCGUGGCCUUCGUUCGAGGAGCGGCGACGAUGUGCGCAAGCGGUCUGCGAUACAGCUUCGCGAGCUCGUAGUUGUCUGCCAUCGAGACCUGAGCCCCGAGCAAUUCAUCGCCUUCUACAAUGCCGUUAACAACAAGAUUACGCAUCUCAUCACACAUGGCAACGACUCUUCCGAACGCCUGGGCGGCAUCUACGCUCUCGAUGCGCUCAUCGAUUUCGAGGGCGUUGAUAUCUCCGCUAAAUAUACGCGUUUCACACAAAACUUGAAAACGAUCCUCCGAGGAAAAGACAUCAAUCCGAUGCAGCCUGCCGCGAUCGCCCUGGGGAAGCUUUGCCGGCCUGGUGGUUCCUUGAUAUCUGAGUUGGUGGACUCGGAGGUCAACACAGCGCUCGAAUGGCUCCAGAACGACCGUGUGGAGGAGCGACGAUACAGCGCCGUGCUUGUUCUCCGAGAACUCGCCCGCAGCGCGCCGACUUUGAUGUAUCAAUACAUCCCGACGAUCUUCGACUGGAUCUGGGUUGGACUUAGAGAUUCCAGACAGCUCAUCCGUGCGACGUCGGCAGAGACAGUUAGCGCCUGCUUCCGAAUCCUCCGCGAGCGAGACCAAGAGAUGAAGCAGCUGUGGAUGAGCAAGAUUUACAACGAAGCGAAGCAAGGACUCAAGGUUAACACAGUCGAGUCCGUUCACGGUUCGCUGCUCGUCCUGAAGGAGCUCCUCGAACAGGGAGCCAUGUACAUGCAGGAGCACUACCAGCAGGCUUGUGACAUUGUUUUCAAGCACAAGGAUCAUCGAGACCCGACCAUCAGAAAGACCGUGGUGCUUCUGAUCCCCGAUCUGGCCAGCUAUUCCCCCGCCGACUUUGCCCACACAUGGCUACACAAGUUCAUGGUCUACUUAUCUGGCAUGCUUAAGAAGGACAAGGAGCGUAAUGACGCUUUCCUUGCCAUCGGUAACAUCGCCAACUCGGUCAAAAGCGCAAUCGCUCCCUACCUCGAUGGCGUGCUCAUCUACGUGCGCGAAGGCCUCAGCAUUCAGUCUCGUAAGAGAGGCUCAGUGGACCCCGUCUUUGACUGCAUCAGCCGACUUGCCGUGGCUGUCGGCCAGACACUGAGCAAGUACAUGGAAGCACUGCUGGACCCCAUCUUUGCGUGUGACCUCACUCCCAAGCUCACUCAGGCCCUUGUCGACAUGGCCUUUUAUAUCCCACCCGUCAAGCCGACAAUUCAGGAGAGACUACUUGACAUGCUCAGCGUAGUUCUGUGUGGUGAACCUUUCAAGCCUCUUGGCGCACCACAGCCAAACACACUCAACUCGGUGCCGAUUAUCCCCAAGGACGCCAAGGACCCCCUGGCUUAUGAACACCGGAGGGCCGAGGUGAAGCUGGCGCUUAACACUCUCGGAAGCUUCGACUUCUCCGGUCAUGUUCUGAACGAGUUUGUGCGUGACGUGGCGAUCAAGUACGUGGAGGAUGAGGAUCCGGAAAUUCGUGAAGCUGCGGCCUUGACCUGCUGCCAGCUUUACGUCCGUGACCCCAUUGUCAACCAGACGAGUUACCAUGCGCUCCAGGUUGUCGGCGAUGUCAUUGAGAAACUCUUGACCGUCGGAGUCUCAGACCCAGAACCUAACAUCAGACGGACCGUCCUGGCGGCUCUUGACGAGCGAUUUGACCGACAUCUAGCCAAGGCGGAAAACAUUCGCAUCCUGUUCUUCGCUCUGAACGACGAGGUCUUUUCGAUUCGCGAAGUUGCCAUCUCCAUCAUUGGUCGUCUGGCUAGAUACAACCCGGCAUAUGUCAUCCCUUCGCUUCGCAAGACUCUCAUUCAGAUGCUCACUGAGCUUGAGUUCUCCGACGUCGCCCGUAGCAAGGAAGAGAGUGCCAAGCUCCUGAGUCUCUUGGUUCAGAAUGCGCAGUCCCUCAUCAAGCCCUAUGUCGAGCCCAUGAUUUCGGUUCUACUUCCCAAGGCGAACGACUCUAACCCUUCAGUGGCGGCUACCAUUCUCAAGGCGAUUGGUGAGCUUGCAACUGUGGGCGGCGAGGACAUGCUGCCAUACAAGGACCGCCUGAUGCCGCUCAUCAUUGAUGCGCUGCAAGACCAGAGCUCCAACUCGAAGCGAGAAGCUGCUCUGCACGCCCUGGGACAGUUGGCCAGCAACUCCGGCUAUGUCAUCGAGCCCUACCUUGAAUAUCCACAGCUCUUGGAGAUUCUCCAGAGCAUUAUCCGAACCGAGGGACAACGAGCGCCAUUGCGACAGGAAACCAUCAAACUGAUGGGUAUCCUUGGUGCCCUCGAUCCUUACAAGCAUCAGGUCGAAGAACGAACACCAGAUGCCCGACGUCUCGAGUCCAACCAGAUGACAGACAUCUCCCUCAUGAUGACGGGCUUGACUCCAUCAAACAAGGAGUAUUUCCCGACCGUCGUUAUCAACGCGCUUCUGCAAAUCCUCAAAGAUCCAUCUCUAGUCCAGCAUCACGCAGCUGUGAUUGAAGCAAUCAUGAACAUCUUUCGCACCCUGGGACUGGAGUGUGUGUCGUUUCUUGAUAGAAUCAUACCGGCCUUUCUCCAUGUCAUCAGGUCAGCCACCUCCACAAGAUUGGAGUCCUACUUCAACCAGUUGGCAACUCUCGUCAGCAUUGUCCGACAGCAUAUCAGAAAUUAUCUCCCGGACAUUGUCGAGAUCUUGCAAGAAUACUGGCAUACCUCGCCAUCGCUUCAGACCACCAUCAUGUCUCUUGUCGAGGCCAUUUCAAGGUCUCUUGAGGGAGAGUUCAAGAUUUACCUGGCUAGUCUUCUUCCGCUGAUGCUUGGCGUUCUUGACAAGGACACCUCUGCUAAGCGCACCCCGUCGGAGAGGGUGAUGCAUGCUUUCUUGGUGUUCGGUGCCAGUGCUGAAGAGUACAUGCAUCUUAUCAUUCCUGUUAUUGUCCGCACAUUCGAGAAGCAAGGCCAGCCUACCUUCAUCAGGAAGCAGGCUAUUGAUACGAUUGGAAAGAUCUCGCGUCAAGUCAACCUCAAUGACUACGCUGCAAAGAUCAUCCACCCCCUGACACGUGUGCUGGAUAUGGGAGAGCCUCAGCUGCGGCUGGCUGCUCUGGAUACUCUCUGCGCCCUCAUCCAGCAGCUGGGCAAGGAUUACCUCCACUUUAUGGGCACCGUCAACAAGACUAUCAACCAACAUCAGAUUCAGCAUCCCAACUACGAGCUGUUUGUCAGCAAGCUCCAGAAGGGCGAGGUUCUCCCUCAGGAUCUGAGCUCUGCCGACCGAUUUGCCGAUGGAUCGGAGGAGCCUACCUUUGCUGACCAAGGAACAAAGAAGCUGGAGAUGAACGCCAUUCAUCUCAAGGCUGCUUGGGACACUAAGGGCAAGUCGACCAAGGAAGAUUGGCAAGAAUGGCUGCGACGAUUCAGCACAACUCUCCUGACUGAAUCCCCGAACCACGCUCUGCGAGCCUGCGCUAGCCUCGCAAGCGUUUACCUGCCUCUGGCACGAGAACUGUUCAACUCGGCGUUUGUGUCAUGCUGGAGCGAGCUGUACGAACAGUUCCAGGACGAGCUCAUCCAGAACAUCGAAAGCGCCAUCAAGUCAGAGAACGUCCCACCUGAUCUGCUUGGACUUCUGCUCAACCUUGCCGAGUUUAUGGAGCAUGAUGACAAGGCUUUGCCGAUUGACAUUCGAGUGCUGGGUAGGGAGGCUGCUCGCUGUCACGCCUAUGCAAAGGCCUUGCACUACAAGGAACUCGAGUUCCUGCAGGACCAGAGCAGUGGCGCUGUCGAGGCCCUGAUCGUUAUCAACAACCAGCUUCAGCAGUCUGAUGCUGCUAUCGGUAUUCUCCGCAAAGCUCAAUUGUAUAAGGAAGGCAUUCAGCUGCGGGAGACAUGGUUCGAGAAGUUAGAGCGUUGGGAGGAAGCACUGGCUUUCUACAACAAGCGAGAGUCGGAGGUGCCUGAAGACCAGGCGAUUCCUGUCGACAUUGUUAUGGGUAAGAUGCGUUGUUUGCACGCCCUGGGCGAGUGGGAAGCGCUGGCUACUUUGACUGGCAGCACCUGGGCCAACUCGACGCCCGAGGUCCAGAGGAUGAUAGCACCCCUCGCCACGGCUGCCGCAUGGGGUCUGAAUAAGUGGGACUCCAUGGACAACUAUCUCUCCUCGCUCAAGAGGUACUCGCCUGACCGAUCAUUCUUUGGAGCAAUCUUGGCUCUCCACCGCAACCAGUUCCGCGAGGCCAUCGCCUGCGUGCAGCAAGCUCGAGAAGGACUGGACACCGAGCUGAGCGCGUUGGUUAGCGAGUCGUACAACCGAGCGUACCAGGUUGUGGUCCGAGUCCAGAUGCUCGCUGAGCUGGAGGAGCUCAUCGUCUACAAGCAAUGUGACGAGAAGAAGCAGGCCAUCAUGAGGCGAACCUGGGAGACUCGACUGAAGGGUUGCCAGAGGAACGUCGAGGUUUGGCAGCGCAUGCUGCGACUGCGUGCUAUAGUGAUUGCACCGUCGGAGAACAUGCACAUGUGGAUCAAGUUUGCCAACCUGUGCCGCAAGUCUGGCAGAAUGGGACUGGCCGAGAAGUCGCUCAAGCAACUCAUUGGCAGCGACGCUCCUCUAGAGUCUAUGAUCCCCUACUGGAACGAGAGGCCGACGGCGCCCGGGCCUAGGAACACGGCGGCGCAAGUCAUCUACGCUGUGCUCAAGUACCAGUGGGAGCUCGGACAGCAGCCCGGUUAUAAGUUGUCUGGCACCGCUGAGAAGACUCUGUACUGCCUGCGCAAGUUUACCAACGAUGCCGCCCAUCGCCUGGAUAUCGCUAGGGCCCAUCUCAGUGCUCAGACUGGCGGCGAUAUGGGUAUGGCCACCGAGUACGGCUUCCAGAAUCAAAUGGACCCCUCCCUCAUGAGCCCGCAGACUCAACGCGCCUUGUAUGACCAGACGGUGCUGCUGGCCAAGUGCUACCUCAGGCAGGGCGAGUGGCUGAUUGCUCUCAACAAGGACGACUGGCAAUACACUCAGGUCCAGGACAUUCUUACCUCUUACUCGCAAGCGACAAAGUACAACCCCCGAUGGUACAAGGCCUGGCAUGCCUGGGCAUUGGCCAACUUUGAGAUUGUUCAGGCGCUGUCAGCGAGAAACGAAGGCCACUUGUCGAGGACGGAUCAGGCCAUGGUGAUAGAACACGUUGUCCCGGCCGUCAAGGGCUUCUUCAAGUCGAUUGCCCUGUCAGCGGGAAGCUCGCUACAGGAUACCCUCCGGCUGCUCACGCUCUGGUUCACACAUGGAGGCAGUGCCGAUGUCAACGCGGCCGUGACAGAAGGCUUUGCCAACGUCAGCGUCGACACAUGGCUGGAGGUCAUUCCUCAGCUCAUUGCCAGAAUCAACCAGCCUAACAAGCGCGUCCAGCAGUCCGUUCAUAACCUGCUCGCUGAUGUCGGACGAGCUCACCCUCAGGCUCUGGUGUACCCUUUGACCGUGGCUAUGAAGUCGUGGCAGAAUACCCGUAGAUCGCGCUCUGCCGCCCAGAUUAUGGACAGCAUGCGACAGCAUAGCGCGAACCUGGUUGCCCAGGCUGACACGGUCAGUCACGAGCUGAUCCGUGUGGCUGUCUUGUGGCAUGAGCUCUGGCACGAGGGAUUGGAAGAAGCAUCUCGACUGUACUUUGGCGAUCACAACAUUGAAGGGAUGUUUGCGACUCUCGAGCCACUGCACGAGCUUCUCGAGCGAGGACCUGAGACCCUUCGAGAGAUCUCGUUUGCCCAAGCCUUUGGCCGGGAUCUGAAGGAGGCUCAAGAUUGGUGCCGACAAUACGAGACAAGCCAGGAUGUCAACGAUCUCAACCAAGCCUGGGACCUGUACUAUCAGGUUUUCCGCAGGAUCAGCAGACAGCUACCUCAGGUUACGACCCUGGAGUUGACAUACUGCUCACCCAAGCUGCUUAACGCCAAAAAUCUUGACCUGGCUGUCCCCGGAACGUACAAGAGUGGACAGCCGAUCGUGAGGAUAAUGUCCUUCGAGACGACGUUUAGCGUUAUCAACUCUAAGCAACGGCCGCGGAAGCUCAACAUCAACGGCAGCGAUGGCAAGUCAUCGUCCUUCCUGCUCAAGGGCCACGAAGAUAUUCGCCAGGACGAACGAGUUAUGCAGCUGUUCGGCCUGUGCAACACCCUCCUGGCCCACGACUCGGAGUGUUACAAGCGCCACCUCAACAUCCAGCGGUAUCCGGCCAUCCCGCUGUCGCAGAAUAGUGGUCUGCUGGGCUGGGUUCCCAACAGCGAUACUCUCCACGUGCUGAUUAGGGAAUACCGCGAGAGCCGCAAGAUCCUGCUCAACAUUGAGCACCGCAUCAUGCUCCAGAUGGCGCCCGAUUACGACAACCUGACCUUGAUGCAGAAAGUCGAGGUCUUUGGUUAUGCGCUUGACAACACAACGGGCCAAGAUCUAUACCGUGUGCUGUGGCUCAAGUCCAAGUCGUCUGAGGCCUGGCUUGAGAGAAGAACCAACUACACACGCUCGCUGGGUGUCAUGUCUAUGGUGGGCUACAUCCUGGGUCUGGGAGAUCGUCAUCCUUCCAACCUGAUGCUCGACCGAGUCACUGGCAAGAUCAUCCAUAUUGAUUUCGGUGACUGCUUCGAGGUUGCCAUGAAGCGAGAGAAAUACCCCGAGCGGGUUCCCUUCCGACUGACUCGCAUGCUGACGUAUGCGAUGGAGGUCAGCAACAUUGAGGGUAGCUUCAGGAUUACAUGCGAGAACGUGAUGAGGGUGUUGAGAGACAACAAGGAGAGUGUCAUGGCUGUUCUUGAAGCGUUCAUCCAUGACCCCCUUCUUACCUGGCGAUUGACCAAUGCUGCCUCACCUGCAGGCCCCAACUUCCGCUCUGAUAGAGACGCACCGAUCCCUGGCGCAGGAGGUGCUCGAGCCAGACGCCAGUCCAUCCUCGACAGCGACGUGGCGCCCUCUGAGCUGCUCAAUGCAGCCGAGCCUUCGGCACCACCAUCACGAAGCCGAGCCAGGACCAACAGCUCAGCAGCGCAGGACGGCAACCCCAUGGUUAACGGCGUCCAGGAGGUGGAGAGCCAGAACGCGCGGGCAGUCGAGGUGCUGGACCGCGUGGCGCAGAAACUCACAGGUCGGGACUUCAAGAACAAUGAAGAACUCGACGUGAUCAACCAGGUCAACAAGCUCAUCAUGGAGGCGACCAAGCUGGAGAAUCUGUGCCAGCACUAUAUCGGAUGGUGCAGCUUCUGGUAG